AUGUCGGUAUUCUCAGCAUCGUCGCUUUCGGUCUCAGAUAUUUCUUUGGGUCGCAAAGUCAAGCCCCUUCCAAAACGCCAAGUAACUGUGUUGAAAAAGUCGGAUGCGGGGGGCGGUAUUGCCACAACAAACCCACUCCUCGCGAUACCCGCCUAUUACCACCCUAUAAGUAAAGGGAGAACAGAUGGGCUGAAACAAGAGUUCACCGUCAUCCCAACUCGCUCCCGUAAUCCAAACAAGCAGUUAUCGUUUCCGGCCCGGUCGCGAGUCACGGAUUAUGCUGAUGGAGAAGGCGAUUACACUGAUCAUCUUCAACAACCUAAUAAUACCAAAAAGAGAAAGGUUCCGACCGUCGCCACCACAUUUGUUCGGGAAUCCAAUUUUACCCAAGACGGCGUCGACUUGAUUGAUGAAGAUUCUUCUCAAGACUCUCAAACAGUUCUAUCAGCGAACAUCGUCAAUAACAAGGGGCUUCAUAGCAUACAAGAGUCCAAUCAUCGGCGAAUUGUCGUGCGUCGAAAACCGGUUUCCCUUGUGACAAUAGCUACUCUGCGCCUCAAGGAACUGAUGGAAGCACGUCGCAAGAUCGUAGGCUUUGCCAUACGUGACAACAUUGACCCUUUGGCUUUAGAAUUUGUUCUUUCUGUACCGUUUGCCCGCCCCCCUAUUCGACCUCCCCUCCGUGCAUGGUCCUAUGGACCCAAACUUCGACGCCGCCCACUUAGUCGUGCACAACCAUCUCUCUGGAGAGAACCUUGCUUUUCCAGUAAAUUCACAUUCUCCGUCCCGAGUCCUAUCAGCGAGAGAUACUCUACAGCCAAGAAGACGGCAUCGAGUUUAAAACUACGCCUCCAGUCUGAAUUGGCUCGUCAAGUAGCUAUCGCCGCAGAGGCGACUCUCAGAACUACAUCGAAGCCUCAGAACAACUUGGACACGGAGCGAAAGAAGAUUGACUAUGAAUCUGUUUACGAUAAGCCUUUCAAGAAGUCAAUCAAAUCAAAAAAGAAGAAACGGUCUACUCUGGCAAACGCAUCCAACCCACACCAUCUACGUAACUAUAUUCCUUCGCGUGUAUCACACUCAGGAGGCCACUCAGUAUCGUCGGGUCACGGUCGGUCUCAGGGCAGCAGCUCGCUAGCCCCUCUACCGCUGAAAUUUCUCUCAGCGGCUCUUCCCCCCCACCGAAAAGGGCGCCCGUCAACCGCGGAGAGCUUAGGAUCUAUCCUGAUUCACCCAGAAACCGAGUGGAUUUGUCCUCUUUGCGAGUAUAGUUUAUUUUAUGGUGAUGAAGUAGCAAUGCAACGCGCAACAAGGAGUAGGCGGAAGGUGCUAAUACGUCGACGUAACGCUCGAGAACGGGCUGCUGCUGCCGCAAGUGGGGGUACUGGAUCUAAGAACCAAGAUACGUUUGAUGACCAAAACGAAGGUGAAAGCGAAGAUGACGAUGAAUCAUUUGGCGACUACGAUGGUCUCGCUCCCGGUGUGUCUCUUCCUCGAGAAAUCGCCACGGCCAGUGUUCAGAAUGAUCGAGGCUCUGCCCAUCCUCAUGAAGAGGAAUACUCAGAUACAUAUCAGACAUCUACCACCAAUCCAAGCUCAUCCCAACACCAUCUACAACCAUUGUCGUAUCCACCUCAAUCCACAUAUUACGCUCCCUUUAACCAACCUACUGCGCGACGGGACAUGGCUCAAAUCCCUUAUCAAUAUCAACCAUACUCUCCCAUUCCGGGCCCGUCCACUUCUCAAUUAGCCGAAGGCCCCCAUCCAACAUCCCCUUAUGUCGGUAACUAUGGAAUUCCAAGCCAGCCUGCCCUGGGCUCUCAUCGGAGCGACCCUUUCUAUUAUGCACAGCCAGCACCGUCCCCAACAGUACCGACGGUAACAGAAGGGUCAUAUGGUCGCCAAUAUAUGCCAUUCCCACAAACACACAUGGGGCUUCCGUAUUCCGAGGCUAGUCAGCCUGCUUCGUCCCCGCUUUCUAUAGCUCCUCCUCCAGACCAGACAAUUGACGACCCUCAUACACGUGAAGAGGUUGACUAUGGCUCGAUUGCGAGCAGCUAUCGACAUAUCAUCACAACUGUAUCACAGGCAUCACCCUCACCCUCGGCUGAUUCACCUGGGCACUCAUUUGAACCACCAGUCGUCGAAGAUAUGCUUCAUCGAGCAGUGGAGGGGCUUAGAUACUUGGACCCAACAAGAGCCGAACAAUACCCUUAUACGAGUGAUUUCAGCGCUCAAUCGAUUGCAUCGGGAGCAGUGGGACCGGAGGGCUCAUCCGAGACAGUAUUCGUGCGGUACUACGAAGAUGGAAAGACCGAGGGCAAUCCAAUGAAAAAGAAGAAGCGCGAGCGUAAAGGCGCCACACAAUGUGCGAGUUGUCAUGCGACAUCAACUCCGGAGUGGAGACGCGGUCCGCUUGGCCCACGAACAUUGUGUAAUGCUUGCGGUUUGGUAUAUGCGAAGUUGAUGAAAAAGCGUGCCAAAGAAGAGGAAAAGCUAUCACCCGGAGGCUCACCACGCCGUGCUCGUCCAAAAGGGAAAUCCCGAGAAGUAACGGAAGAAAGCGAGGAGGAUCGAGAACAAGGUAGUGAUGAUACACUGCCGCCUAUGGCUGGUCCAUCCGGGAUGUCGGGUGGAGGCUAUCCGCCAUAG